AUGGGGUGCCGCGGUGCCGGCAUAGAGCACCGCGAGGACCCCAACCAAAGAAACGGAUCGAAUCAGAGCGGGAGAGAAGCGGGGAAUAAUACGGUUCAAUGUAAAGUACAAACAGUGAGGCUAUUAAAACAUUUAGAUACGGAUUUGAACGAGGCGAUUGUUCAGGCGUUCAUCGAACAGAAGCACAGAUAUCUGAGAGGCGAGAUGAGAACGCACCAGGCCGAGAGCCAGCCCCAUACUGCUGGGCCGACGGUCAUUCAACUAGCUUUAUAUCCGUUCAAAUAA